GACGAACCGCAAAAUAUUUGGCCGCAAUUGUUAUUGUCUGUUGUGAAUUGGAUCUACUGUUUUUUUAAUAUUUUACAGUAUUAUUGUUGAAAUAAAAAAUAAAAACAUAUUCAAAUGAAAAAUGAUAAACUUUCGACUUUUGAAGUUCCUAAAACUUUAUCAAGGGUUUAAUCCAGAUAAUUGGAAUUAAUUGUAGUUUGUUCAUUGGCUAUUAUUAUAUAAAGAAUGAUUUUUUUUCUGUAGUACAACUUAUAUUAUCGUUAUUAUGCACAAUUGAUAUAGUUCUUAACAACAUCAGAUUUUCUCAAAAAUUCAACGACUUUUGGGCAUUAAUAGAUGUAUUCAGAAUGGAUUUUUUAUCACACGGACAAUACAGAAAAGAUAUUUUUGAAUAUUACAGGAAAAAAUGCAUACGAAUAACAAAUUUUUGUACAUUUGUGGGUUUAGUAAUAUUAUUAUUGUGGAUCCUUGCUCCACUUUUCAUUAAAGAGUUUAGAUUUAAAAAAAAGGACGGUAGUAUAAUGGUUUACAGAAAUAGCGUUCUUAACCUGUACUUUAGUUUCAUAUCCAUUUCAUUUUAUGAACAAAUUUAUCCAUUUAUUUACAUUUUGGAAAGUAUAUAUACAAUUCAUACAGUUGUAGAAGUUGUUCUUUCUAAUGUAUUAAUAAUGCAAUUUUGUUGGAUGCUAUCAGCACAAUUGAAAACUAUUGUUUCUAAAUAUGAGUCUUUUGGAUACAAAAUUCUUGAUAAAGAAAUAGAUCCGGAAUUUGAAGAAACAUACAUUGAAGAUUUCAAAUCAGUUUUUUCAGAUAAUGUCAAAUUAAGUAUAUGUAUAAAGAAAUUUUAUGUUUUUAUGAGGCCCAUGACAGUUUUUUACAUUGGAAUUAAUUUUCAUGGUUUAAUUGUGUUAAUAUAUAUGUUUACUUUGAAUUACUUUAAAAAUGGUUCAACUUUAACACUUACAUCAUUGAAAUUAUUAAUUACGGCUUCAUUAGCGUUGUUAAAUUUGUUUCUUUUCUGUUAUUUUUAUGGUUAUCUUGAAAAUCAGAUAAGUCUUAUAAAUUUUGCAAUGUAUAAUUGCAACUGGACAAAUAAAAAUAUAAAAUUCAAAAAAAUGUUAUCAAUGGCUAUGAUUCUCAAUAACAGGAUUAACCUACGAAUGAAUGUAACGGUUCAAAAAUCAGUGAAACUAGAAAUGUUUACAAGUAUCAUUCACGUAUCAUACUCAAUUAUUUCACUAUUAGUGAAAAAGACUAAAAAUUCUAAUUAAAAAAGAAAGUCUAUUUUAAAUAAUUCAGAAGAAUUAUGAAUACUUAAAAUAAAUUGUUAUGGAUAAAAUAUUGUUGUAAAAUGAUAAAA